AUUCACAUUCAGCUUGAAACUCAUCCUUGUAGUGGAGAGCCCUUCUGCCAGCCCAAUUACUUCCAUUUGGGCACUGUGCCCUUGAUUUAUUUCCCCUCCUUUGCUUUGCCCAUGUCUGCUUUGAAACUAAUCUUGUUUGACUUCAGAUCAUUCCACUGAUUCACUGAAAUCAACGUCAGUUCUGGCCCUAUCUGCUGAAGCCAUGUGUCAUCAAGGAGUCAUGGCAGCCUGCAUAUAGUUUAUCAUAUCAGGCGCUGUGGAAGAAGACAAAAAAAUCAUUCCUAUUGUUCUCUCUGGUUCAGUUUUGCUGCUGGAUGUGUUCCAUUUCAUGCAGCCUUCCCUCCUGCAGGAGCAGCAGGAGGGCGUGGCAUUGCCUGGCAAGCAUCUCCAUCCCUUGCUGUCCCCUUCAGCACCCAGCCAGGCAUUCUAAUUUGUGUCAUAUUGAUGGAGUUCCUUUUUCCAAAUGUUUUUAGUGAGUCCAGGCACAUGCCCCUUCUCCUAGGCGAAAGGUUUAUGUAGUCUGUGUGGAGCCAAAGUACGUGUUACAACUGGUUUGGCAGGGAGGCGGGUCCUGGAAAUCCUGGCUGUGUGCCCACUCAGGCUGUGUCAUAGGUUAGAAGUAAAAAUCCCACUGCUAGAGGUGGUUCUUGCAAGAAAUGCAGUAUGUACCAGAAAAUCCAUCUGAGACUGAGAUCUCUGCACAGACCUGAAGCCAAAACAGCAGAUAUUCAGCGCUUUGGAACAGGAGUUUGCAUGUGAAAGCAGCUGUAGGUACGGAUGUUGGCAACUGCAUGCUGGAUCAGCCCAGAGCCCCAGGAUGGAAUGGACAGACACAUCUGCAGGUCAACAGGGAGCCAUUUCCAGAGGGGGACCUGCUGCUCCAGGCACUCAAUGGGUUUGUCAUCACUGUGUCUGAAGAUGGCUACAUCUUCUACAUCUCCCCUACCGUGCAGAACUAUCUGGGCUUUCGUCAGUCGGAUCUCAUCUACCAGAGCAUCUACGAGCUGAUCCAUGAGGAUGACAGAGCUGCUUUCCACUGCCAGCUGCUCAGCGCUGAUCCUGAUGGAUGCAGCGCUGCAGGAAGCCCCAGUCACCAGUGCCAUGAGUGCUCUGGCUGCAUGGAGAGGAACUUCACCUGCCGCCUGCGCUGCUUGCUGGAUAACUCCUUGGGAUUUCUGACCUUGAAUUUCCAAGGACGCUUGAAACUUCUUCUUGGGCAGCAGAAGAGAGCAGCAGACAUGUCCCUAGAGCCUCUUCCACUCGCUCUCUUUGCCAUCGUGACUCCCCUUCAGCCUUUCUCCAUCCUGGAGCUUCAGACCAAGACGCUGUUCUUCCAGUCAAAGCACAAGCUGGACUUUACUCCCAUUGCCUGUGAUUCCUGGGGGGAGGUCAUCCUGGGCUACACAGAAGAGGAGCUGUGCAGUAGAGGUUCCGGGUACCAGUUUGUGCACGCAGCCGACAUGAUAUACUGUGCAGAGAGCCAUGUGAGAGUGAUAAAGACAGGGAAGAGUGGGACGACAGUCUUCCGGCUGCUGACCAAGAGGGGCACCUGGGUGUGGUUGCAGUCCAAUGCCUGGCUGGUGUACAAAGGGGGUGAGCCUGACUGCAUCAUUGCCCAGCAGCAAGUCCUGUCAAAUGAAGAAGGGGAGGAACAUUUGCGAAAGCGAAACCUUCAGCUGCCUUUCAGCUUUGCUACAGGGGAAGCGAUCUUAUAUGGGAAAAACUCCGAUUUCCUAGGCUCCUUUCACACUAAAGAGGAAUUUCAGACAAAGACAGACUCCCAUACAAAGCAGCAAGCUAUAGAUCCUAACUCUGUUCUGGGGGCCAUGAUGGAGCAGGAUGCAUCCAUCUGUCUCUACCACACUGAUGUCCCUCAGUUCACCUUGCCAGAUCUCGAUGCUGAGCCUGAGGGACAAAUCCAAGAUGGAAAAUCUGGUCAUGACAAGGACAGCAGCUCCCUCCUGGUGGCUAUUGAAACCCUCUUUGAGAAGAGUGAGCUGGAUGGAAACAUAUCCCAGAGCCUCAGCAUGGACAGUACAGAGCUACAGCAGUGGGAGGACACUCUGCUUAGCUUGUUCAUGGAGGACCUGCCACCUGAGGACUUUGGUGAGAGGCUGAACAGUGAGUUGCCCUCUUAUAUGGAGCAGAUGCUGUUUAGGGAGCAUGAUGGAAAGAGCAUGGAGUUUUUGCACUGCAGUGAGGAAGGCUGUUAUGUGUCUCAAUUCCAGCACCGGGGAUUUAAUCCAGAAGAUCCACAGGCAUUUCAAGCCCCACAGCAACCCCAGGCAGCUGGUGCACAAGGCCAGGAUGUUGUGCUCUCUCUGGACUCUGUUAUGUCAGAGGGCAGCUCUGCUCCAACAGAACAGCAGAUCCUGAUUAACCCAGCCAGUCUGGAGGAGGGGAUGCUUCUGGAUGCCUUGGGUUCCAGCUGCAAGCCCUGUGCAGUGGAUCAGUUGGCCAACUCAGGACUGGAGUUUCAAGCAGGACUUCCCACCUCUAUUUCUAUAGACACCAUCAUUCCUGAUUGCCAGAGCCAGUCUGAGUGCCCACCUCCCUUGGACUCUAGCACUCUAGUGUCUCAAUGGCAUGAUGUCCCAGUAUGGGCAAAUCUGGGCAGCACUUUGGGUCAGAGCACUUCCCCAGGAGAUUGCCCACUGGAUGCUUGGAUGGCAGCUCCAAAACUGCUGGGAACAACAGAAGCAUCCUUGGAAUCACAAACUGCACUGACCAGCAUCUCCCAGAGUUGGGGGAGCUUCCCCAGAGAACCCCAUUGCACUGGGGAGCAGGUGCUCAGCAAGGAUGCAUGGCCCCAACCUCAGGAACUUGUGCUAGGGGUCAACAUGGGCCCUGGCACACAUCAAACGGACAACAUCAUGCUGCAUCACUGUGAGUACAGAAUGAGCCAGGGUGUCUUCAGGCAUGGGAACUCCUUUCUUGGGGAUGCCAUUAAAAUACCUACAAGUGCUUUACCUUGCACAAACCACCCUGGAACACUGACAGGAUUGAGUUCGAGUUGCUCAGCAUCUCCCUUUGCAGAGGUGGGAGUGAGGGCAUCCUCCUGUGAGCCGGGUGCUGUCUUUCCACUGUCUUCCUUGGCAGACAGGCAGCCUCUCUGUACAUGCAAUAUCCAGUGAAGGUGUGUGGUGGGGACUGCAGGACCUGUGGGCCAGUGAGUGGCAGUGGGAGACAGAGGGGUGAGAUAGUUGCAACUGUGCGUGCACAGUGACUGAGCCCUGGAUGGAAAAGAGGUGCUUUAGACCACAGGGAUGGCUCCUUUCCCUGGUUUUGUCCCUACCUUUACCCAUGCCAUCAGAUGGAGGAUGGUGUGUUUUUGCCAAAGCAAUGAGAAAGGCAUCAAGGGAGGCAGUGCCUGCCAUCUGCCUCUGUACUUAGGACCAAUUCUGUGGCUUUAAAAUUUGUUUCUGAGACAGAUCUCCAUCAGCCCUGCAUCUAUCCACACCCCACCAGAUUCAGGCAGGGAUGCUGCAGGAUGCCCUGUGGCCUGGGCAAGUCAUCAGCACUGGGUGGGAUGGGGCUGAGCUGUGGGGUGCAGGCAGCAGAGCAAUGCUGGAUCCUUCUGCAGCAGCCUGGAGAAGCACCUGAUGUGAGCCUUACACAUUGACCAGCCCCAAACCUUGCAGUGCUCUGCCACUGGGGGCUGCAGCAGACCCCUGCUGCAUGUUGAUUACAUCUCAACUGUGUGCAUUAUGUAUGUGCAUCCGUGGAUUCUUUUCGUGGCAGUGUCUCAUUUUCCACUUUGUGAUUUCUUUGUAUGUCGUUCGCCAGUGUCAGGGCAGAAGAAGAUGGACUGCAACUCACUCGCUGCACUUUGUUGUGUAUUAAAAGGUGGUUUGUAUUAAAAAGUGGCGUGAUAGUUUGUUUG